CUUAGAUUUUUUUUCUUUUCUUCCUCAUCACACGCGUGUCUGCUCUGUCCUUCUUCUCCUCUACCUCUCGAAAGCUUCCCCCAAAGCUGCUGAAGCUUCCCCCUUGAGAACCAGUAAAGAGCUUGAGUUUUCCCUUUCCUUUCUUAAUGGAGAACAAGAUUUAAACCCAGAAAUUUCCUCCCAGCCACUUGCACGUUCUGCUCUUCUUCUUCCUCGUCCCUGCAACCCGAAAAAAAGAAGCCAGCCGCCGGCGACAUCUCCGCUGAGAAAACCGGUAAAGCUUGGUGAUUUUCUCUUCCUUCUUGUUCAACAACAAGCUUUAGGAUUUAGAACCCUCCCUCUGAAGCCAGAAAAUUCAGAUCUGUGGUUGCUUCUUCUUCCUCUGCCGCGGGUUGCUGCUGGGUGGUUUGGGAGUCUGGUUUUGCCCGUGUGUUCCUCCAAAAUUUUCCCCGUCGACUUCCUCACCAGCCAAGCCCGGUUUCUACUGCUGGAAAAUUCUGGUAGUGUGACUCGAGACACGGAAAUCAAGGGGAGUGACGUGUAGAAGGCUAGCCACUUGAGAUUUGACAUAGAUUCUAGAUAUAUAUACCAUGCUCUUGUAAGUUAUAUUUUAAUUGGAAAUUUUAUGGUAUCAAAACUAAUUUUGUUGAGUAAGUUCCGAGCCUUGUGCACUUAUGGGACCCGUCUCACAAAUGUACGGCGUUUGUUACGCCCUCGGAUUUGGGUUCUGGUGCGUGACAUGUAAUCUGAGCUUACUCAAGUUUGGGAAGAAAUGGUUGAGCAAGUUCAGACAGAGGUGGCCGCACGUAUUCAUAUAGAGGUAUCACAGAGAGUAUCAAAGAUGAAGGCCAACUUUGAGAAGAGAUUUCAAGAGCACGUGCGCUUACUUAGCCAGUAAUAUUCUAUGAAUGCCACACAACCCCAGACUGCUGAUCAUUCUUUUGGAGGAUUUAGACCUGAUUACUUACCACCUCCUACUUAGAGACAUUGAUAUUUAAAACUUAUAUUAUAUAUGUUUAUAUAUAUGUACUUCAUAUGUAUAUAUAUGAUGUGUAAGAUGAGAAGUUAGUAUAUAU